AUGGUGGACUUGAGGGGCAGUGUGGGAUCUGAGGGUGCAGGCACCUCCAUCGGGGACCCCCAUUCCACACCCACUGAGUCCCCACUUGGGUCCCUGCUGCCCUCAGCCUUGUUGGGCCAGCAGGCCAUGGACUGCAUGGGCUCUUCUGUGAAGGCACUGGCCUCAGGAGCCUUCAUGGCCCAACCAGCCCUCUGCUGCCCCCCUGUGGCCGUGCAGAGGAGGCUGCCCAUCCUGGCCUGGCUGUCCCAGGACUCUGUGCUGUGGCUGAAGAUGGACUUAAUGGCCAGUCUGGCCUCUACUCUGCCUUCAUGGGUGCUUCGUGUAGGUCUUCCUGGCACCUCCCGGGAUGUGACUCUGGCCCCCAUGGCCAUCAUGUCCCUCCUGGUCUCCUUCUACGCCUCCGGUUCUGUGGGGAUUGGAGGCCUGGAGUUUGUCAUCUGUUUUCAAGGCAUAAAAAUGGGCCAGUGUGUGAUCUUCAAUGGGACCCACAGGACCUAUGAGAUCUGGGGGUGCCCCAUGGAGAGUGACACUGUGCCUGUGAAGCCCAUGCUGGUCCAGGCUGAGAACUUCACCCUGUUCAUCAAAAUCACUGUCACUUUCAGCAAGUUCAACUCACCAAGUGAGUCCAGUGCCUUGGAGACCUGGGAUGCCACCUAUUUCAAGCACUGCCUCUACGACCCACGCUUCAGCCCCUACUGCCCUGUGUUCCACAUCGGGGACCUUGUGGCCAUGGCUGGUGGGGUCUUUGAGGACCUGGCAUUGCAGUGGGUUGGGGUCAGGCCGUGGGUCUGCCCUGCCUCUCCCAGAUCUCCUUCUCCUGUGACCUGCUGCUGUUGUACGUGGAUGGAGAAGCCCAUUUCUACUGGAGGACCAAGCAUGAGGAGGGCGCUGCGGGCCUGCCUGACCCUGGGCUACACUUUGGAGGAUGGUGGAUGGAGCCCCGCCCUGCUGUCCUCAUCUGCAGGCAAAGGCCCCGAAGGGAACUGCAGGGGGCCCAGCACCUGUCCCCACUGCUGCUGCUGGGAGCUGGACACUGUCACUGGGGGCCUGGCACCCACUUGCUGGCCCAUUCCUGAGGCCUGUAGCCUUUCUCUGCUUGUUGGGUGUUGGGGGCUGGGAAGGGUCAGUGCCCCACCUUGGGGACUCACAGCUGAAGCCCUGGCAGGACCAGGGCAGGGGUGGGGGAGAAUUCCACCCUUUAGCUCCCAGGCAGCCUGUCCCUCCCCCAGCUCCAGCCUCAGCAGGUGCUGCCUGGGGCCCACAGAAGCCAGUUUCGUGUACAGACUGCAGGGAACAGAUGCAGGGCCCUGGUCCAGUGGGGCUCUGGCUGGGGCUGGGGCUGGAGAUGCUCUCCCAGGCUCCGUCUCCAGUGUUCCCAGCAGCUCCCCACUCUCCAGCUGUCCACCACACUGGCUGUGGUCGCCUUGGCCCUGCCUGGCUCCCAGCCCUCCUCCCCCUGCCGGCACCCCCCUCACAGAGAGAGGCCCUGCCCUCUCAGCUGCCCCGCAGUGGUGUCUGUGCAGCCAGAGUCCAAGGCCAGGGAGAAGGCAGCCUGGCAGGAGGAGCUGUGGCAGCUGCUUUGUGCUGGGUUCCCAGGGCAUGGCCCCUCCCAGCUCUGGGCCUCAUCCAUGGAGUGAGGAGUGUGGUGGCAGAUGCUCUGACCCCCUAGUACCCCAAGCAAAGGUACAGGCACCUCUUGGGCCCAUACCUGCUCAGCUGAUGAGCACCAGCACCUUCCUGGUGGCAGCCCUUUGGCUGUGGAUGGCUGGGAUGGGGAACUGGGUAGAGAGGUUGUUGGUGGGCAUGGGGUCCUUUGGGACCCUCUGUCUGUCUCCUUGGUGA